AUGCAGUGGAGUGAAGUGGACGCUAUGGUUGGAAAUCCCCCGGCAAAGUUGGAAAUGGCUAGAGGGACUUCCAUCUCUUCUUUAGGUUCUGCCGCUCCCUCAACUGCUUCAUCUUUCCCCCCAUCAUCAUUCUCCUCUCAUUCUCACACCACACCGGAUCGUACCUCCUCUUCCUCCAUUCCCUCCAACCCAUCCAUUAACUCACACGAAUCCAAAGACCCUGGGCAAUACUGGGAUUCAGAUAGCACCGCCCACGUCCUAUCUCCCAAGGCUCCCAACGGUAUGGCCGAUGUCGAAUCGAAUUACAAUGAAGAAUUCAAUAAGAAAAUGAAUUCGAGGAGCGUAUCAAAUUCAGAAUCCAAAACUUUCAUCCCUUCCAGCUUGAACACCAACACUCUACAACUUCGAAAAGGCCCAGAUAAUACCUCAAAUAAAGAUUCUUCCGUUGAAGACGACGGCUUCCUCGCCACUGUCGCUCAGUGGGGUCAACAGGAAAGAAGUGUCGGUGGACGUACCAGUAGAUUGAUAAGUGGGAGAUAUCAUCUACAAGGUACACCCCCACCUUCAGGCCCACCACCUUCAGAGCCUCCUCCUCCCCUUCCUAUCUCCGCCUCACUCCUCGCUACAAGUACGGCUUUGAACGGUAGUACCAACUCUGACUCUACCGUCCGCAGUCGCUCCGGAGAUUCCAAUGGCAAGAUCAACUCGUUGAUUGACUCUGUUGGCCCCCGAACAACUUUCGGUCGUGCUACCGGUAGAUUAUCUCGUAUCGCCGCAUCUCGAAAGACUAGUGUGGGUGCUCCACCUUCAGGACCUCCAAAUACGGCUUUACCUCAAAUACCUACCUCACCAUCGUCCAAAACUGGAGCGAACGGUCUGCCAGACUCUGAACAAACACGGAGAGACGUCGUUGCUGGUCCUUCUGGGACUAACGAACACCAUUCUUCACCCUCUCGUAGACGUCGCAAAGAUUCUUCUCAGAAUCUUCCAGACGCCGUUCAACCGGGUCACCCAGCAGUCAACGGGGAGGGUACCAGGCCAUACGCGCAAUCUGAAGCCGGUUCGAGCAAUUUAAGGUCGGAUCAAUCAGAGAGGACGACCAGCAGUGCAGGGACGAGCAAGUCUGGCAGAACACCAUCGCGACUAUUGUUACAGGAUGCCUUGAAUCUAGCUCAGACCGCCGUCGAGUUGGACAAAACCAACGAUGUGUCAGGAGCCUUGGCCAUGUACACUGAGGCGGUGGAAAAGCUCAAAAGCGUCAUGGCUCGUGUCGGUAUAGAUCCGGGCAAAGAGGAUCGGGGAAAAUCAGGAAAGUCGGAAGAGGAAGGAAGGACGUUGAGAGGGAUCCACGACGCGUACGUAGCUCGUAUACAGCUGUUGUCUUCUAUGGAACCUCUCAUCUCACCUGCUUCCACAUCUGUCAUACCUCGGUCUACUCCAGUAGAAUCUCAACCUUCUGAACCUAUCUUAGGUCUCGAAACAUCUUUCCCAUCCACCUCUACACUCGUCCCUGAUCGUCCACCAUCCCAGUCUCCUCACUCCAACAUGUCUGUCGGUACCUCUGGCGACCGCACUCCCCGACCUUCACUAGACGACACGGGUAUAGUGGGUAUAGGCAACCUCAUGAUGUCUUCCUCACCUCAUUCGGCGCGUUCAUACUCUUCACAUUCAUCUCGUCACCCAUUCGCCAUUGCCGCUGCUACUUCUUCUUCCCCUCGUCUUAUUCCAUCUGCCGUCGUCGGUUCUCCUAGAGAUCAUAUCCCCGCUCGCUCCUCUCCAACUACCCGAUUAUCCACCCCUGGCAAUGGCUUGAAUACGGGACAAGAGUUGGACGAUACUACUCCUCGUGAACCUCGAGCGCCUACAACACUUCCACCUCGGAGAGAAUCGAUCGGACCUAAUUCGACAGCAUUAGACCAAUCCUUCACCAGACAACCCCUAAGCAGAAGUAGACAAAUCAGUGCUCAGCGUAAAGCCCAACAGUCAUUCGGAUUAGAGGAAGAGCUCGAUUUAUCCGACAUCAUCUCUGAUCCAUCUCAAUCGAACGGACAGCCAUAUGCUGGAAUCAGUACCACCGUCAGUCAGAAUGGAUCCGCUCGUUCAAGUGCUACUGGUGUUCCUCGAGCAGGUGUUUACCCACCUGAUGAUCGACCUUUACCACCUAUCCCCUCAUCACCCGGUGGACAAGGUUCAAAAUUAUCCCGCAUAGCUUCCAUGUUGAUAAACAAUUCCACUUCCAACGGUACGAUUUCACAACGACGACAAUCUCGUCAUGCCUCCGAAUCAGGUUCUGGAAUAUUCAUCCCUCCUUCAGAUCAUUCUUCUAAUCAAAUCGAUGGAUUACCAAGAUCAUCUUCCACAUCGAUACCUUUCCCUACUGUCUCACCACCUCCUCAAGCUCUACGCUCCGCUACAUUCCUACCCGAAUCAGAAUCUCAACCAUCAUUAAGACUAAGAUCAAGAAGUCAACCUGGAAAUCAACGACCUUCAGAGAUAUUCAAUGCUACUUUAGGUACAUUACCACCUCUUCCAAGAAAGAUUCAUAAACCUUCUUUAUCCAGUCAUUCAUUAUCUUCUAAUGGACAGAGAUCUUCACGUUUAGCACCACCUCUUCCUUUGAACCUAACUCGUAGUCCUGGUUCAGGUACAUUACCACCUCUACCACCAUCAGCACGUUCAGGUAUAUCCAAUAUUUCAGGUCUUUCCAACAUAUCACCACUUUCAGGAUCUUUAUUAUCACCUUUACCUGAAUCUCAACCUACUUCAGUCAUUUCAAGACCUUUUCACGUCCUUCGUACAUUACUCAGAUCAAUGGAUCCGAAUGGUCCCGGAGCUUAUUUGACAAGUUCAAUUCACGUAACUCCUUCAGUUUGGAAACCUUCUAACUGGUCUAAAAUGGGUCAUGGAAGAUUACCAGCACCAAAGAUUCAAGCUCAGGAUGUUAAACAAAGAUGUAUGGAAACUCUUGUUCUUCAUUUAAGAGCUUUAGGACAAGUAGGAUCGGGAAUGUUGACUGGUCCAAGAGAAAGAAGAUAUGGUGAAGGGUUGAAUGGAAGUUUUAAUCAUGAUGAUGGUUUGAGAAGGAUGAAUGGAGGAGGCUCAAUGAUGAAUCUUUCAGGAGGUGGUUCUAUGAUGAACCUUUCAGGAGGUGGAUCAAUGAUGAAUCUUUCUGGAGGAGGUUCGACGAUGAAUCUUCCUGGAAGUGGUUCAAGGAUGAAUCUCUCUAGUGUGGGAAAUGAACAGGAUGAUGAGAGAAUAGAACAUUUGAUAAAAGUUUUGGACGCUAUGGAAGAUGAGAUGGAUGGGUGGUAUAAAGCACUUGGUAAAGCGGGUGUUGUAGUUGGGAUUUGGAAAGGGAAGAAGACUGGGGGUUCUAAUUGGGGUAAAUUAACUCGUUCCAUGGAUAAAAUGGGUUCGGGCGGUGGAAAGACAUUGGAGUCUCCUGAAACUUACGUGGAUACAAUGGCGGCCUUGUGUUCCAGUGUGCAGGUGAUCAAAUGUCUUCAAGGUCCCUCCACCUCGGCUUACCUCGCACUCUCGGACAAGACCCAUCAGGCUAUCGAAGGUCGUGUGAUCCGAAUUGCAGAGUUUGUAGGCGCCGUCUUGGCGCCUUUUGUUCUGGAUGAUUUCAAGCAAUUCUUUCUGCGGUAUCUCAAAGGAGGUGUACGCUACUUGGAAGAAUAA